ACUCAGAAACAACACAAAACAACAGUCUUUGUUGAUGAUUUCAGGAACCUGUUUUCCCGCGAAAUUACAUAAACUCUUUAUUUUCCACGAAAAUUCCAUCUCGUUUUCUAGAAUCUCAGACUUGUCUCUCAGAAAUUUUUUCUUUUUGAGUUCCUCCCAUUUCCAUAAUUUUUUUUCUUUCCAUUUUUCAGAAUAAAUAAUUUUCUCUCGUUUUCUCAGAAAAAAAUUAUUAAUGUUAUUUUGCUGUGAUUUAAACGCAAAUGCGCGUGUUCUUUCAAAGUCAAAGCGUGGAGAUCCAAUCCAAGUCUUUGUUCAAGCCUUGAAGGUUUUUUGGAGAAAAAAAUCAAACCGGCGAAUAUUCGUCGUCUCGCAUUUAAUUUUAUUUCACAUAUACAUUUAUAUAUAUAUGGGGUUACUUUAACGGUUCAGACAAGCCCAGUUCUUGUUCAUCUUCAAACACUUUUAAGUGACAGACUUGUUUGACACUUUUGCUCUUGUGUCAAAAAUUAUAAGUUGUUAAAGGCUUUGUUUCAUGUGUUAAAAGCUGUGUGUUUCCCUUGUCUGAAUCACGUCAGUUCUUUAUUGUGUUAAAGCCUUUACUUUUUUAUUUCCUAUGUUUUAGCUGAGAGUUAAUCUGGCGGGUCUUGUAACUUAACUUUUUCAUUCUCUUCGAUUGUUAAAAUAUUUAAACUUUGGAAAGUUUGGUUUCUGGGUAUUUUCUCUGAGUAAUUUCUCUUCAAGAGGGCGGCAUUCAUUUGUCAGAUUUUCUUUUGAAGAGAACAAAUUGUGUAGUCCUUUUUUUUUAUAUACUGUUGUAGCAUUGAGUAAUGGCCGGCGGUAGAAGGAAAAAGUUGCGUUUGAGUAAAAUCUAUGCAUAUGCAUGUGGAAAGGCAUCUUUGCAAGAAGAUCAUUCACAGAUAGGGGGACCAGGAUUUUCAAGAGUGGUGGACUGUAAUGAGCCUGAUUGUCUUGAGGCUGAAGAAAGAAAAUACUGCACUAAUUAUGUUAAGACUACCAAGUAUACUAUUGCCACGUUCUUGCCCAAAUCAUUGUUUGAGCAGUUCAGGAGAGUUGCCAAUUUUUACUUCUUGGUUACUGGCAUAUUGGCUUUCACUGAACUUGCUCCUUACACAGCUGUAAGUGCUGUUAUUCCCCUAACUAUUGUGAUUGGAGCAACAAUGGUGAAAGAGGGUGUCGAAGAUUGGCAGCGAACCAAACAGGAUAUUGAAGUGAAUAAUAGAAAGGUUAAAGUGCUUCAACGUGAUGGAACUUUUGUUUAUACUAAAUGGAGGACUCUGAGAGUGGGAGACAUAGUGAAGGUAGAGAAAGAUGAAUUCUUUCCUGCAGACCUCAUGUUGCUUUCAUCCAGUUACGAAGAUGCAGUCUGCUACGUUGAGACCAUGAAUCUUGAUGGAGAGACAAAUUUGAAACUAAAACAAGCAUUGGAGGUAACUUCAUUCUUACAUGAGGACUCUGACUUCCGGGAUUUUAAGGCCAUCAUCAAAUGUGAAGACCCAAAUGCAAAUUUGUACUCCUUCGUUGGAGCUAUGGAAUUCGAAGAGCAACACCACCCCCUUACUCCUCAACAACUCCUCCUUAGAGACUCAAAACUCAGAAAUACAGACUACAUAUAUGGUGUUGUUAUCUUCACUGGUCAUGAUACAAAGGUUAUGCAAAAUGCUACUGAUCCCCCUUCAAAGAGAAGCAAAAUUGAGAAGAAGAUGGAUCGAGUCAUCUACUUCAUGUUUUUUGUUGUGUUUUUGAUGGCAUUUGUUGGUUCUGUAUUCUUUGGCAUUGCAACUGAUGAAGACUUGGAAGGCGAGAAGAUGAAAAGGUGGUAUCUUAGACCUGAUCGUUCUACAAUUUUCUUCGACCCUAAAAGAGUAACAUUUGCAUCAAUUUAUCACUUUCUGACGGCCCUAAUGUUGUAUAGUUAUUUCAUUCCUAUCUCCUUGUAUGUGUCGAUAGAAGUUGUCAAAGUUCUUCAGUGCAUCUUUAUAAAUCAAGACAUUCAAAUGUACCAUGAGGAGUCGGACAAACCAGCACAUGCACGUACCUCAAAUUUGAAUGAGGAACUUGGCCAAGUUGAUACAAUACUUUCUGAUAAGACUGGAACAUUGACCUGCAAUUCAAUGGAGUUCAUCAAGUGUUCUGUGGCUGGAACAGCUUAUGGCCGUGGUGUUACAGAGGUUGAGAAAGCCAUGGAUAGAAAAAAAGGUUCACGAUUUGUUAAUGGAAAGCUAAAUGGUGUGAACCACGUGGAGGAUUCUACCGAGUCAAAAUCGUCCAUCAAAGGCUUCAAUUUCAAAGAUGAAAGGAUAAUGAAUGGGAACUGGGUUAAUCAGUCUCAUUCAGAUGUUAUCCAGAAGUUUUUUCGUUUAUUGGCAGUCUGUCAUACUGCCAUACCUGAAGUGAAUGAAAGUACUGGUAAGGUUUCAUAUGAAGCUGAAUCACCAGAUGAAGCAGCUUUUGUGAUUGCAGCAAGAGAGCUUGGAUUCGAAUUUUACAAAAGGACGCAGACAAGCGUCUCGGUGCGUGAGUUGGAUCUGGUUUCUGGCAAGAAAGUUGACAGGUUGUAUAAGCUGUUGAAUGUUUUAGAAUUUAACAGCACAAGAAAGCGGAUGUCUGUGAUAGUAAGAGAUGAGGAGGGAAAGCUACUAAUACUUUCUAAAGGUGCUGACAGUGUCAUGUUUGAAAGGCUUGCCAAAGAUGGUAGUAGUUUUGAGGAUGAGACCCGGGACCAUGUGAAUGAAUAUGCUGAUGCAGGACUAAGGACACUGAUUCUUGCAUAUCGUGAACUUGAUGAGGAAGAAUACAAAGUGUUUGAUCAGAAAUUCAGGGAGGCCAAGAAUUCAGUUAGUGCAAAUCGUGAAACAUUGCUUGAUGAAGUAACAGAGACGGUUGAGAAGGAUCUAGUUCUUCUUGGUGCAACAGCUGUAGAGGACAAACUCCAAAAUGGGGUCCCAGAAUGCAUUGACAAGCUUGCUCAAGCUGGAAUCAAGAUCUGGGUAUUGACUGGAGACAAGAUGGAGACUGCCAUCAAUAUCGGUUAUUCUUGUAGUUUGCUUAGACAAGGAAUGAAGCAGAUCAUAAUUAAUUUGGAAACUCCUGAAAUCAAAGCUUUGGAAAAAGCAGGAGAAAAGUCUGCACUCUCCAAGGCAUCAAAGCAAAGUGUUCUCAGUCAGAUAACUAUGGGGAAGGCUCAGCUCACUGCAUCAGGUGGGAGCUCUGGGGCAUUUGCAUUGAUAAUUGAUGGGAAAUCUCUGACUUAUGCUCUUGAGGAUGAUAUGAAAAAUAUGUUCUUGGAGCUUGCAAUUGGUUGUGCAUCCGUUAUUUGCUGUCGCUCAUCACCAAGACAGAAGGCAUUGGUUACAAGACUAGUUAAAACUGGUAGUGGUAAAGUUACUUUAGCUGUUGGUGAUGGUGCCAAUGAUGUGGGAAUGCUUCAAGAAGCAGAUGUUGGGGUUGGAAUCAGUGGUGUUGAAGGCAUGCAGGCUGUCAUGUCAAGCGAUGUUGCCAUAGCUCAGUUCCGAUAUCUGGAGCGCUUGCUACUUGUACAUGGACAUUGGUGUUAUAGAAGGAUCUCAACAAUGAUUUGCUAUUUCUUCUACAAGAACAUCGUAUUUGGUUUCUGUUUGUUCUUGUAUGAAGCACACACAUCAUUCUCAGGGCAACCUGCAUUCAAUGAUUGGUAUUUGUCACUCUAUAACAUGUUGUUCUCUUCAAGUCCGGUAACUAUUAUGGGUAUUUUUGAACAAGAUGUAUCCGCGGCAUCUUGUCUCAAGUUCCCUGUAUUAUACCAAGAAGGGGUGCAAAAUGUUCUCUUCAGCUGGAAGAGGAUAAUUGGCUGGAUGUUAAACGGGGUUCUCAGUGGCACAAUGAUUUUCUUCUUCUGUGCAAAAGCACUGCAGCAUCAGGCCUUUAAUAGUGAUGGAAACACAGCUGGAAGUGAUAUUUUUGGUGCUACAAUGUAUACAUGCAUCGUAUGGGUUGUGAACCUGCAGUGGGCAAUGGCAAUGAAAUACUUAACCUUUUUCCAUCAUCUUGCCAUGUGGACUUCUAUUGUUCUCUGGUACUUCUUCAUGUUUAUGUAUGGGAACUCAUCUCCAAUUCAGUCUACCAAUGCAUACAAAGUCUUUGUUGAAGCGCUUGCACCUACUCCUUCUUACUGGCUUGUCACACUUUUUGUGGUGAUCGUGUCCUUAAUCCCUUACUUUUCGUAUGUAGCAGUUCAGACGAGGUUCUUUCCCAUGUAUCAUGAAAUGAUACAGUGGAUGAGGAAUGAGGGAAAAACAAAUGACCCUGAGUACUGCGAGAUGGUGAGGCAGAGAUCAUUGCGGCCGACAACAGUAGGUUUUACAGCACGUCUUGCGGCAAGAACUAGUCGCAUUAGGGAUAGAAAUCGAAGAAACACAAGCCAUGAACUAGUUGCAGUAGGGACAGAAAGCAGAACCACACAAACCAGGCAUGAAGUAUGAUACUUUUGAAUAUGGAGCCUGUCAUCAAAAUUGGGUUGUAUAGGUCUGCCCAAAUUGACUAUACUGUAACACAGGGGAUUGGAUUCUUCCCGCUAGAAAGUAUUCCCUCUCAGAACGUAAUACGACUAUUCAAUGGCCGUAUGCAGCUGUACCAUAUCUUGGACUUCCUAAAUAUCUAUAGAUUUUUUAUUCUUGGUAAGUUUAUAACCUGCGUCUUUUUUGACCUUUUUAAAUUUUUUGUUAUAUAUUGUGUUAUUUCGGAAGAAAUAUGCUUAGAAAAGUUGAAUAAGAGGAGUUUUUAUUCUAUUUGGAUAGUCUCAGAUGUUUUGUAUAUGAAAGAAAAUAUAGCCUCUCUCCUUAUGAUGUUCA